AUGUCAGAGAUAGAUGAGUCUCCGGAGCGUGUUGCAGACUACUUCGUGGUUGUGGGCCUAGAUUCGGCCAUUGUUAGUCUACAGGAUGAUGAAAGUCACACUGAAGACCCAAACAUAUCAUCGCCGAAAAGCGAGCUUUGUGAGGACUUGAACUCCCUGCUCGAGAAGAGGUUCCCACUGGAGGAUCACACAGAUACUAUCUUCCCCCCACAAGUGGCCAUGUUUGCUCUUCCAGAGGGACUGUCAGUGAAGAUUUCGUGUCCAUUGCCGACAUUCUACAUCGUUGUGUUCACUAGCAACGAAGGAUCUCGGCUGUAUGCUUCAGUCCUGACAUUCCAUGAUGAAUUGCCCAAGGAUGCUCUGUACAAGAUGUGCAAGAACCCUGAAAGUAUCAAGAAUGAGCUCUGGAUCCCCAAGUGUAUCUGCCUGAUCUCGCAUUGGCCGUUUUUCGAUCUCCACAGAGAAUUUUUGAAACAGUUGUACCGAGUCAGUUUGACUGCAUCACGAAUCCCGGUGGAGCGAUACAUCUCGAAUCUCAUCUAUGAAGUCCCUCUUCCUCCACGGGGGAGAUUUAAGGUGCAAUAUACUAUCGCGGACAAGACCAUGGAUCUCAUCCGCUCGCCUGCCAAUGAGAUUCCGAUGGCGAACGCUCCUCUUGAUUUGUUGUUUGCACUUCUGGAUAGACACAACAUCGUACAGAAAUUGAUCCUGUAUUCCAAACAUUCCUCGGUCAGCCAACGAAUGAGCUCCAACAUCAGAGUCUUGACUGCUUCUGACGCUCUUCUCCUGCAGCUCCUUGAGUUUGUGAACGCGCCGACCCCUUUCAUCAUGGGAGUGCAUCCUGCUCCGCUCAUGAACAAGCAAGAGGACUUCCUCCGCUCGUCAUGCCCAGAUGAUGUCGUGGUGGUCAACCUGGACGAGAACUCUGUGCGGUCGACGAGGGGGAUCCCUUCGCUUCCCUCAAAGCAGAGGAAGAAGUUGCUGGAGCAGCUGCAUCAAGUUGCAGGAGAUUUCGAUCCCAAGCUUGCAAAGAAGUGGACGGGAAGCAUUGAUUUGGCAUUCGAGAUGGCCCCGACGCCAGCUGAAUCAGAAGCUGCACUGAAGGAGAAGUCGCAAGCCAAGAAGAUCGACACUUCUCAACUGCAAUAUUCAUUCUUCCGCCUCCUCCUCUCCCUCCUCCACGGUUAUCGUGAAUUUCUAGUCCUUCCCACAGCUGGAGUCCCAGAGCCGAGCGAAAUAUUCAGGAAGGCGAAGUUCCUCGAGAGCGUUCCCAGGGAAACGAGAGGUUUCCUCUCCAUGUUUCUAGACACGCAGAUGUUUGCAUCCUUCAUAGAGCGAAGGAUCUACAGCUCGGGCAGGAGCCAUGACCACGUUCUCUUCGACGAGAGCAUGGAAGCCAAGGCAAACCGCUCUUCCCUCCGCCUCCACAAGCGCCCGACGCCCUUCCUCAGCGACAAGCGCCAUUCCAUCACACGCACUCACGUGGCCCUUUCCCCGAGCGACCAGGGUCUUAUCCCCGGCCUCUCCUACUGCAGCAGCACCUUCCCCCGCCUCGACUCUUCUCUCUUCGGCACCCCGAGGGAGGUCCGUUCGCUUAUCACCGGAGAAAUUCUGCAGCAUCACACAACAAGGAAGAGGACGCAUCCUCCUCUGAACCGAGUCAACACUCUCACCUGCUUCACGCCCCCCUCAGCCCUCAAGGACAAGAGCGCCAAGCUCACGGAGGUCGCUAUGAGAGAGUCUAUCUUCUCCACCUGGUUCCUCCUCCAAGUACUCUUCAUGAGCGAAUCGUCCAGCCUUGGAGGAAGCGGCUCAAUCGAAUCCUGCGACAGCCCAAAGGCAAAGUUCGCUGAGGCCCUUUCCGUCUUCGCAAAGAUGAAGGAGGAGAAACUGGAGCCCAACGAGUCAGCCUUCAGGGCCCUCAUGGAAGCCUCGGCACGUGCCGGAUGCCCCGAACAGGCGAUCAAGCUCCUAGACGAGAUGCACGUGCUGGGCAUGCGACCGGACGCGCUGGUUUACAGCAGCCUCAUCAAGGCCGUCGCCAACUCGCAGGUCUGCGUGACCCCUGGAUGCAUGACGCCAAUGCGGGAGAGCAGCGCGCUAUGGGACACGAACCACUCCCUCCUGCCCAGCUCCCUUGAGUUCUCAGCGAGCAAGAUGGAGGAGGAGGCGCACUCUGCUGGGAUCUUCGGGCAUGGGCAGAGCAGAAAGUCAGAUCCUGCUAUGCCCGUGAUGAGGCUGGGGGAGGGGCUGGAGGUAGUGGAGGAAGGAAGCACCUAUGCCACCAGCACGAGCCCUGAGUUUGGAUGCGAAGAAGCAGAAGGAUCGUCUGCCUUGUCCUCCAUGUGCGAGGAGCUCAAGCCGGAGGGCGUCCAGCUUGAACUGCCGCAGGAGGAGGCGGAGCCGCGCCCGCCUAAGAGCUCGAUGGAGAAGGAGCACAACCCGCUGAUCCCUCUACCUGGAGGGCAGGAGACGCUCACGGAACACGUGGAUACAGGUCAGAAGAAGAGCAGGAGGUGUGGAGGUAUCCGAUGUGACGUCGUAGCAGGGCUGAGGCAGCAGGAGACUGAGGGCUCGUCGAUCCUUGCCAAAGUUGAAACCUCGCUCGUUGACGCAGCGGACCAGGCAGUGGCCGUCUCCUUGGAGCAUACAGCUUCUCCUCCAGAUCUCGUGAAAGGACAACAGAGGAGGAGGAGUAGUGGAGGAGAGCACGGGCUGCAGAAGGUCAGCGGGAAUGAGAUCGAGAAAAGGAGAAGAAGGAGCAUCGGAGACGUUUGUGCGGAUCAGAAUGACUUCACGUCUCCCUUGUUCUUGAGGAGUCAAGAUGUGGUCCCCAACAUUGACAUGAAUCCUUCGAUAGAGGACAGGCAUGACGAGGGAGCAGGAGCAGGAGCUGGAGCAGGAGCAGGAGCAGGAGCAGGAGCAGGAGCAGGAGAAGCAGCAGAGUGGUCCAAUCACGGGGGGAUGACGAGCGAGGAGAUGAGGCGAACGCCUCCUCCCAGUCGGCCUCCUCCUCUUCCUCCCCGGCGAAUCGAACUUGAUGGAUCCAUCAAGAAAUUUCAUCCUUCAAAGACGGAGGCUCCUCUCCCGCAGAGCAAGCUACUAGCUGUGGAGGACAAUGAGUCGGAUGCUGUGCGAGGGAUGAAGAUAAGGGAAGGCGAGGAGCGAGUAAAAAGCGAUAGGAAGGCGACCGAAGAGGCACGACAGGACGUGAACCCUCCGACGCAAGCUGAGGGCGGGCAAGAGCAGGAAAAGCGAAAGAACAAGCAUGGCUCUCCCCGCAAGGCGCCGCCGCUGCUCUUGCAUGACUGCGUGAGCAAGAGGGCGGAGCUGCAGACUGUGGCAAUCGAGGUGUGGGACAAAUGCCCAUCGUGCAGCUCCACAGUGGAGGAGGCAGAGAUCAGGAGUGGAUGGAACAUGGACGACCAGGACUACACCAUCAGCUGUGCUUACUGCAACAAGAGGUUUGUGGCGAGGAUGAAAAUUUUCGCUUCGUCCUCCAGCUCCUCGUCCCCUUCCUCCACUUCGGCCAUCUACUGCGAGAGCUUGUCCCCCAUCGUGGUGCAAAAGGAACUUUUCUCGCUGUUCCGGCAUUUCGAGGAGGACGAAAGGAUGCAGGAAGGCUGCAGCGGGGGGAUCUGCGAGUAA